CCGCCGCCGCCCCCGCCGCUGCCGGGCACCGGGGUGCGGGUCACCGGCCCGUCCCCGCCUCCCUCCGCGGGCCCGGGCCCUUCGCCUUCGGCCUCCCCGAGCCGGGGCCGCGGGCGGGACCGCGAACGGCAGCCGCUGCUGGAGCGGGGCGGGGGCGGGGGCGGGGGCGGCGGCGGCGGGGCGGCGGCGCAGGCGCAGACCCCGCGGGAGCGAGAGCGGGAGCGGGAGCGGGAGCGCAACGACUUCCCCGACGACCCCGCCUUCGCCGAGGUGGUGCGGCGGGCCGAGCGCGCCAGCCAGCGGGGCAUCUUCCCCGACCGCAUCUACCAGGGCUCCAGCGGGAGCUACUUCGUCAAGGACCCGCAGGGGAAGAUCAUCGGCGUUUUCAAGCCCAAAAACGAAGAGCCGUACGGCCAGCUCAACCCCAAGUGGACCAAGUGGCUGCAGAAGCUCUGCUGUCCCUGCUGCUUUGGCCGCGACUGCCUGGUUCUCAAUCAGGGCUACCUCUCGGAGGCCGGGGCCAGCCUCGUGGACCAGAAGCUGGAACUCAACAUCGUGCCCCGCACUAAGGUCGUGUACCUGGCCAGCGAGACCUUCAACUACAGUGCCAUCGACCGAGUGAAAUCCAGGGGCAAGCGGCUUGCUCUUGAGAAAGUCCCGAAGGUCGGGCAGCGAUUUAACCGCAUCGGUCUGCCCCCCAAGGUCGGCUCGUUCCAGAUCUUCGUGGAAGGCUACAAGGAUGCCGACUACUGGCUGCGGCGCUUUGAGGCGGAGCCCCUCCCCGAGAACACCAACCGGCAGCUGCUGCUGCAGUUCGAGCGGCUGGUGGUCCUGGACUACAUCAUCCGCAACACCGAUCGGGGCAACGACAACUGGCUGAUCAAGUACGACUGUCCGAUGGACAGCUCCAGCUCUCGGGACUCGGACUGGGUGUUGGUGAAGGAGCCCGUCAUCAAACUGGCAGCCAUAGAUAACGGGUUGGCGUUCCCUCUGAAGCACCCCGAUUCCUGGAGAGCAUAUCCUUUUUAUUGGGCCUGGUUGCCCCAGGCCAAAGUCCCCUUCUCCCAGGAGAUCAAAGAACUGAUCCUUCCAAAGAUAUCCGACCCCAACUUCGUCAAAGACCUGGAGGAAGACCUGUAUGAACUCUUCAAGAAAGAUCCUGGCUUUGACCGGGGCCAGUUCCACAAGCAGAUUGCUGUCAUGAGGGGACAGAUCCUGAACCUGACCCAGGCCCUGAAAGACGGCAAGAGCCCCCUGCACCUGGUCCAGAUGCCCCCGGUGAUCGUGGAGACGGCCCGCUCCCACCAGCGCAGCUCCAGCGAGUCGUACACCCAGAGCUUCCAGAGCCGAAAGCCCUUCUUCUCCUGGUGGUAGCCCGGGAGGCCGGGGAAGCGCGCCGUCGGACUUCGGGGCCGGGAGAGGGCCCGGGCGGACCCGCGCGGCGGGGGGGGGGGGGCGCGGGGCGGGUGGCGGGGCAAAGCGCAGGGGCAGAUGGAAGCCGCUCCGAGAUCUCCCGCCCACCGGGAGCAGGAGCGGUAGGUUGGUCCGGGCUUCCCGGCCCUUCCCUCUUCCCCGCCGCGCUCUGGGUGGAGUCAGGGACGAGUGGUGGGAGUCUGCAGGGGAGCAGGCUCGGGGGGGGGGGGGGGGGGCCUAGGGAAAUAGCUGUCUCGUCUCCCGCCUCGUGCCGGCUGCCGUCUGUGGAAUCUGCCGCCUCGCAUCCUCAGUUCCCUCGCUCUCUCCCCCAAUGAAAAACGUGUCGGAAAACGAACGAAACCCCCCCGCGGCGAUACCCGGGCGCGUCGCCCGCCGGGUCUCCGAAUGCUUCCGUUGGGAAAUGACCCCGGGCGGACCCGGGAGGCCGGGGGGCCUCGCACCCGGCGGCGCCCGCGCCAGGCGGAUGGCUCUCCGGGGCCCCGGAUGCCCCCUCUUCCCGUCGCCUAGUAUUCGCCGAGCUUCCCGGUGGCCGGCGCGGUUGCCUCCUCCUUCCUCUCCCCGCGCCCCCCCGCCCGCCCCGGCCCGAGAAGGUGAGCUCGGAGCCCGGGAGCUUGCCGGCCCCUUUGUUGUUUUACUUUCCCGGGAUCUCUUUUAAUCUCUCGCGGUCCGGGCCCGUCCGCCCCCCGCCUGCCCGGCCCUCGCCGGGGGUCCGCAGGACGAGAGGCGAGGGCGGCCGGACGUGACUUUUUAAUAGGGAGGGAGGUCGCGGCUCUCGGCGUGCACCUCGACCCACGGGGCCCGGGCGGGUUUGCCGUGGCAGGUGGGCCCGGGCGGGCGGGCAGACCGGGAGGCGCGGGCCGGACACGCUGCUUGAAUUCUACGGCUCCCUGCCUCCCGCCUUCCCGGACGCUUCCCCCGGGAGCUCAGAUCUACAUACCUCCCCCGCCCAUCCCAGGCAGUGGUCCCGGCGCUCUCCUCCGUCCUUAUCAUUUUAAAUCCAUCUCCUGCUGCUGUCCGCUGAGAGCCAACCCCCGGUCCCACCCCUGACCCCACCGGAGGGGCUUCCAGCCCGAGGCGCUCUGUCAUCCACCUGCCCAGGCUCGCCCCGACCCUCGAUCCCGUGGGCCUCCCCCCCUCCUCCUCCUCGGGCGUCCGGGCAGCCCUCUCCGCCUCUCUCCUCCCGCAGAGGGUUCAGUCGAGCUCUCUUGGCCGGGCUUAGGGUGGAACGCAUUCCUGACACGGGAAGGCAGGAGGCAGCGGCGUCGUUUACGUUCUUCUUGCCUUUACUUCUUGCCCCGGCGGCCCGUCUGAGGAGCGGGCGGAGGUGGGCCCCGGGGAGGAAAGUUUUCAGUUGCCUUGGUCCCCUGCCUGCCCGCGCCUGGCACCGGCAGCUCCCCGGGGAGUUGGCGUGCCCCCGUCCCUCUCCUCCGGGAGACAGGAGGAGAGCGUCCCCUCCCUGGGGGAACCGGCUGUGGGUUGCCCCCGUUGAUUCACGGUUCCACCCUGACCCUGGCCUCUUCCGGGCAAACUGGCCUUAGACGGAAACCGCCCCCACGGUUUGAGAAAUAGCCAAAGAAGGCGAGGAGGAGGCGGGGAGAGCAGCGCCGGUCGGGGCCCGCCCGCCUCCCUCUCAUCCCAGAGCCGCGAGGCCCGCCGGCCUCCCCCGCCCCGCCGGCUCUUUCCCCGCUUCCGGCCUCCGCCGUGGCUUCCCGCCUUCCGGCCCCGGCCGGCGUCGGCAGCGGUAGCGCGGACGGGCCUCCCGGCCCCGUCUCAGGCGGGGUCGAGAACGGGUCCGGCGGGCAAGCUUCGGCGUGCCGCCGAGGCCGGGGAGAACCCCGUUCCCUCCCGUCCCGGCACUGACAAUCCUCGUGAGCGGCCUCGUUCCCCCCCCCCCUCCCCCCCCCUUCCUCCCCCACGUUCCCCUCUCCUCGAUCUCUGGUCUGAACUCAAGGAUCUCUUGGAAGUGGCUCUUGAGCCCCGGGCACCGGUGAGGUCCCCGGCCCGUCGGACCGACGGAGCCCCGGUCUGCUAAGAGGGAAGGGGAGCGGUACCCGGCUCCGUAUUUCUCUCCAGGUCGAGGGGCCCAAGCCCGUCCGCGACGGCCCGUGCUUGCAGUGGGUGAUCGUGCGGUCGCACGCGCGCACCCGUCAGAGGAGACCGACGGUCGCUCUGGCAACUGCGCUUAAUCAGUGAGGUGAUCUCUUCUCCCGGACCGGUCGGUAUCCGUGGCGGGGUCGGUUCUGGGGAGGGGACCGGCGCCUCCCUCUCCACCCCUCUCCCUCCCUCGGGGAGUUCUUUCUCAGACCCCCUACCGCUGACAGAAGCCCUGAAGGUUGGGCUCGGGAUGUCCCAAGAGGGGAUUGGGGGAGGGAGAGAGGGCACGCGGGGAAGACGGGACCGGAAUAGGCACUCAGGGAGCGGGCCGGCUGGCGGGACACGACGGAGGGCGGCGGGGUGUGGGCUCCGCCCCGGGCCGGGCCGGCCGUCGACGCUGCGCGAAGAGCGCCCAUCCGUGACUGCUGCUGCCUCCGACGCAUCGUUCUUCUAAUGCACUGUAGAAACCGUAUGUAAUGUAUUUAAACCGACGCAGAUGUACGAAUAACACGGAUCCGAUUCCGGUC